AAUAGGUUAAAGGUCAGAGAGGAUGAACUGAACACGUUAAAGGUCAGAGAGGAUGAACUGAAAACGAGCAGAGGGGAUGAACUGAAAACGAGCAGAGGGGAUGAACUGAAAACGAGCAGAGGGGAUGAACUGAAAACGAGCAGAGGGGAUGAACUGAAAACGAGCAGAGGGGAUGAACUGAAUACGAGCAGAGAGGAUGAACUGAAUACGAGCAGAGAGGAUGAACUGAAUACGAGCAGAGAGGAUGAACUGAAUACGAGCAGAGAGGAUGAACUGAAUACGAGCAGAGAGGAUGAACUGAAUACGAGCAGAGAGGAUGAACUGAAUACGAGCAGAGAGGAUGAACUGAAUACGAGCAGAGAGGAUGAACUGAAUACGAGCAGAGAGGAUGAACUGAAUACGAGCAGAGAGGAUGAACUGAAUACGAGCAGAGAGGAUGGACUGAAUACGUUAAAGAUCAGAGAGGAUGGACUGAAUACGAGCAGAGAGGAUGAACUGAAUACGUUAAAGAUCAGAGAGGAUGGACUGAAUACGAGCAGAGAGGAUGAACUGAAUACGAGCAGAGAGGAUGAACUGAAUACGAGCAGAGAGGAUGAACUGAAUAUGUUAAAGAGCAGAGAGGAUGAACUGAAUACGAGCAGAGAGGAUGAACUGAAUACGAGCAGAGAGGAUGGACUGAACACGAGCAGAGAGGAUGGACUGAAUACGAGCAGAGAGGAUGGACUGAAUACGAGCAGAGAGGAUGGACUGAAUACGAGCAGAGAGGAUGGACUGAAUACGAGCAGAGAGGAUGAACUGAAUACGUUAAAGAGCAGAGAGGAUGGACUGAAUACGAGCAGAGAGGAUGGACUGAAUACGAGCAGAGAGGAUGGACUGAAUACGAGCAGAGAGGAUGGACUGAAUACGAGCAGAGAGGAUGGACUGAAUACGAGCAGAGAGGAUGAACUGAAUACGAGCAGAGGGGAUGAACUGAAUACGAGCAGAGAGGAUGAACUGAAUACGAGCAGAGAGGAUGAACUGAAUACGAGCAGAGAGGAUGGACUGAAUACGUUAAAGAGCAGAGAGGAUGAACUGAAUACGAGCAGAGAGGAUGAACUGAAUAAGAGCAGAGAGGAUGAACUGAAUAAGAGCAGAGAGGAUGAACUGAAUACGAGCAGAGAGGAUGGACUGAAUACGAGCAGAGAGGAUGAACUGAAUACGUUAAAGAUCAGAGAGGAUGAACUGAAUACGAGCAGAGAGGAUGAACUGAAUACGUUAAAGAUCAGAGAGGAUGGACUGAAUACGAGUAGAGAGGAUGGACUGAAUACGAGCAGAGAGGAUGAACUGAAUACGAGCAGAGAGGAUGAACUGAAUACGAGCAGAGAGGAUGAACUGAAUACGAGCAGAGGGGAUGGACUGAAUACGAGCAGAGAGGAUGAACAGAAUACGAGCAGAGAGGAUGAACAGAAUACGAGCAGAGGGGAUGAACUAACUAGUAGAGGAGCAAUGUGUCUGUCCACUACACAGACCUGUGUUAUGGUGUAGGCUGAUAUAGCCUAGCCUAUUCUAGCGUUUGUUCUCCUCGCCUCAGAACAUAUAUGAUGACUAGAGACCAAUACUGUGAAUAAAAUGCAAAGUACUAUU